CUGAGCCAAACACUUAUCGACAUGUGGCUGGUACAGUCUGAAUGUGGUUGCUUAUUUUCAGCUCUCAGCUAGCCUGCAAGGAAGCUAGCUAGGAGAGAAUCAACACCUGUGAAUGUCACAAGUCAUUGAUUUGAUGGUGUCCAGCUAGAGCCAGCUACAGCUAUGUCUGUGACCUCUCUCCUGCGAAGUGCCAUGAGAGUGGGGAACAGACAUGUUGCAACACAUUUGGUCCAUCAGAGAGCUCUUUCAGGGGCAGAUGCUAUCAAUGCACUGAGACCUUUCUACUUUGCAGUGCAUCCAGACUUCUUUGGCCAGCAUCCCAGGGAAAGGGAAGUGAAUGAGAAUUCCCUCAAGAGACUCAAUGGUUAUUUGGAAAACCUUCAGAAACCGGGAACCCGCUCAGUCCAACCAACAAAGCUCACCUUUUAUGUCAGGGAAAUAAAGGAGAAGGAAGGCAUUCAGAAGGACAUCCUUCCUCCUGGGUUCCGUUCAGUCAGCUUCACUCUGCAGACCAAGGAUGUCCUGACCACCGUAAUGGACGUGUUGAAGUCCUGCAGUCUGUCCACAGAGCACAUGAAGGGACUCAAGGCCAGCUCAGAGUCACCCAAGAGCCAGCAGCCAGUGGCUGGGCAUGGGAACCCUUUCUACAGGCCCAUCAAAUGGGACAAAAGCUACUACAGCUUCACUGGCUUCAGAGACCCAGAGCAGGAGCUGGAGCAGGCCAAGAAAGUAGAGCCCACACUAAGCUUGUGGCUGAGAAACCAUGAGAAGGAGGCUACGAAGAAGCAGAACGCCAGUGUCCCUCGACGGGAGGAGCUGAAGAGACUCAAGAAGGAAUUGUGUCAUAAAUUUGCCUUGGAAGAUAUCAGGUGGCAUCGCAGCUGGGGAGUGACUCACAGAUGCUGUCAGCUCCAGAGUCUGAGCCGUCUCUCCCAGCAGAACCCUGAGGCUGUGCUCAACCUGCGAGGACACACUAUAAUAUUCACUGACCAAUCAGGGAUGAAUGCCUCGGGUCAUGUGAUGCUGGGAACAAUGGAUGUUCAUCACCAAUGGACAAAACUGUUUGUGAGUCUCCCCAGCUACCGUAGCCUGCUCCAGCAGACAGAGUGGCUGAAGGAGAGGAUCAGCCAUGUGUUGGGAGGUAUUCAGGUAAUUAACAUAGAGAGACUGGGACCUGUACAGCCUAUAGAGGAACACUGCAGCAUCCUCAACACCUUCCAUAAGAGACUACUGGCCCGACGCCUAGCCCUGCAUCCCAGGAGCCUGCAGGGCCUGGCCAUGACCCUGGAGAAUGACCGCUCCAGCCCCAGCCUGCAUGAGAUGGGUCACUUCGUCAUCCCAGCCACCUGUGAGCCUAGCAGACUACAGACUUUCCUCCAGAGCAUGGCCUGGGAGGCCCGACAACGAAUCAAACACAGGAACCAGCUGCAGGCGGAGGAGGAGGAGGUACUGCUCCACUGCCUGGAGGGUCUGGCCCUGAGGAAUCUGUCCAAGGAGCCCAGUGUCAGACACAACCAGAUGAUCCCCUGCUGCAGGCGGUUGCUGGAGGAACGCUCCCCCCUCAUGGAGGGCCUCCGGGUGGAGGUCUCCCACUUCUACUCUGUGUUGCAGGACGGGGACUUGUGCAUCCCCUGGGACUGGAAGGGCUGAGGGCACAGGGACAGGGGACAUGCUGCAGCACGCCUGGUUGAACCAGACUGAAUGUUGUGCUCACCAUGUCUACCACCAGGCUACACUGCAGCUGCCACACAGAGAAACAAACCAACUGACUCUCACAAGGUCAACCACGUUAUCCUUCUACUGGAGAGCACAGAUAAACAGACAUACUCUUUUCACACUAUCGUGCUGAACCAGGGCCCGGUUUCCCAAAGCAUCUGAAGGCUGAGUUCAUAGUUAGAACCUUUGUAGGAGCAUCGUUAGAUCUCUGAACUGUUUUCCAAAGCCGUCCUUACUAAAGUUGCACUUCAAAACGCUUGUUAUUUACCGCCUGCCUCAGAUCACUCCUAGAACAGCUAGUGUUAUUUUUCCCUUCCACUAAACAUAGAAUCAAGAUGCUUAUCUGUCUCUCUGUGACCGCUGAUAACUUCACAACGAUGUUGACUACAAAUAUAAAGUUGCCAAUGUCUAUGCAAUUGUUAGAAACAACCAAAGGAUAAAAUUAUGCUUAAAUGAAAACCUAUAUGACUGCAUUCAGAUAUAAAUAGCCUACCUACCUACAGUAUAGUCUACAUAGGCCUAUAUUUCAAAUAGUUUUAUUUAUCUAUUUGGCUACCGUCUGUAAUUUAUGCCUCUAUAUUUCAUGAUGUGUAAAAUCAUGAUUUAGUGCAUUUAUUAUAGGGUAAGCAUUAGAAUAAGCGUCUCAAUAUUUGCAGUCGUACUAGCUGAUCCGUCGUCAGUAUUGUGGAAUAAUUAUAAUUUUAAGGUAAGAUAUUAAUGAAGAAAGCUGAUCCGAGAGCAGUGCUCCAUUUCUUUCAAUCUUGUCAGUAUCGACACACUUAGCGAACGUUCUGUCUGCGUGGCGGUACAUCUUCGGCCGUUGUAGGAAAGAUUAAUCGUUAAAACACUCGUAAGCCUAAAUUCCAUUCCAUCGAUAUCGGGAAACCAGGCCCAGUACUGUGUUGGCUUGCAUACGUUCUUUUCAUAAUGUCCUUUCCAGCACGUUCCAGUAACUAUGGUGGAUAGGAUGGGUAACCAGACUAGCGCAGCUCAGCUUGGCUUAGUAGUGUGAAAAGAUUUGGUCAGAGCAGGCUGGUGCAAUAGAGUGAGUUUGUAUUAACCAACAAGAAGGUAUAGUAUCUGGAAGUCAGUCAGUGUUCAGGUGUUCAGGAGGGUGUGCGAGUGAAGAAACCAACACAGAGUAAUAGUAUCAAUAUUUUCAUUAGGGGUGUAUGAGGGAAAAUAAUAAGAUGUUUGUUAAUGUAGUACAGUAGCGCUUUUUAUUGAUUGUGUUAUUUUAAUGAAUAUGUUGGAGUAUUAUUUCCGAGACCAUCUACGAAGACAACUAUAACACUUAUUCAAAUUUAUUACACUUGACUUUAAACUGUACAGAAACACACUUUGCUGUCACAAAAGAAGAGCUAAGAGAAGAAAUGGCUCGGUAUUACAAACUGUCUCAUACGAUGAUCGGACGGGAGACGUCCUAUACUGCUGCAGUGUUUAAACUCUCCACUAGAUGGAGUGCUCUCACUAAACUCAGUAUGGGGUUCAUUGGUUUUUGUAAUGAUGUAAAUUCUUCUGAGUGAGAUUUGAUGUUCUGGUGUUUCUCAGAGUAGGAGUGUGGAUUUAGGAUCAGUUUGACCUUUUAGAUCACAAUAAAAAAACAUUACAUGGACAGGGGAGACCUGAUUUUUAGAUCCGAUGUUUGAUACGUAGAACCUAUGGUCAGUGGUCUACUGUAGGUUGACCUCGACUGAAAUGGACAACUGCUACUGGAAGAAGAGCUAUAGUACUGGAAGUGGAUCCCACCGCAUUGAUGCAGCUCUCGGGCGACGGGACAGUCAAAUGGAAUGGAGACUUUAUACUGCAAGAUCAAGUAAUACUAACUGUAUUUUGCAUCAGUUACCUGACUAGCUAGAAUACUGUUGAGACAACUGGGAACAAUAAUGCUUAAUAUGUUUGUUUUUACCUCUUGUUAAAUUUAACACAACCAAUACCACAGAAUAAAGACCUGAUCAAAUAAAGUGAGUGAUUUCAA